AUUGAGAAUCAACCAAAUCACCAAACAACUGUUCGUUCGUUCCUUCUCUUUCGCGCGCUCUCUCUCUCUCUCUCAUCAAGCCCCACCCCAUCUUCUCCCCUUUUCCUAUCUCUCUCCCCCCAAAUUUUCACCCACCCCCCCCCCCCCCCCCCCCCCCCCGUCUCCAAUGAACCUCCACCCACUCUGAUCUCCCCUUCCUUUUUCUCCCCCUCCCCUUUUUUCCUUCCCAUUUUCACUCCCCCCCGCCCCCUUUCUCUUUACCCUCACCACCCUCCUUAAUUUCCUGGGUCCCAAUCUUUGAAUUUCAAAAAAAAAUUUAAAAACUUCUGGGUCCCAAUGGAAACGGCCUGAAACAUGCCCAGGAGGCUGAUUUCGCAAUUUAUACGAGGAAAACGAAACAGUACGUAGGGAAAUUGGUCAAGAUUGGUUAUGUGUUGCUUCGAUCUAUCAUCAUUAUUAUCACCAUCGAGCUCGUCAGAUCUCGAUGUUGAUACCACAGUACCCGCGUCCAGAUGCCGAUCCCGACUGCGCCAGCGAUCGGCAUUGGAUCCAUACUCCAUCGCCUCAGAAACCCUAGAUCACCUUCUUUUCCGCGUUCGUUUCGAUGCUCUCUGAUUAGGAUUUGGAAAAAACGGUUGUUUUUUCUUUUACGCUCGCUAUUCCUCGUCCUGGUAGCUGUUUGGUUGUUGGCCGGGAUGAAUUCCGGAUCUGGGUUCGGUUCAUGUUCGGGUUCGCCUCAUUCCGGAAGUAGGUUGGACAUAGCCAAUGCGUUGUUUGGUGCGGCAGCAGCAGCAGAGAGUCCUAAUUCUGAUGCUGAGUAUGUAGAGAAAGACCCCAAGGGUCGAUACGUUCGGUACAAUGAGAUAUUGGGCAGGGGCGCAUUCAAGACCGUCUAUAAAGCUUUUGACGAAAUUGAUGGCAUAGAAGUUGCUUGGAACCGUGUGAGGAUUGAUGACGUGUUGCGGUCACCGGAAGAUUUGGAGAAAUUGUAUUCCGAAGUCCAUCUUCUUAAAUCGCUGAAACAUGAAAAUAUCAUCAAGUUUUAUUAUUCAUGGAUUGAUGAUAAGAAGAAGACUGUCAACAUGAUCACUGAGCUCUUCACAUCCGGUAGUCUAAGGCUAUACCGUCAGAAGCACAAAAGCGUAGAUAUGAAGGCCAUAAAGAAUUGGUCAAGGCAAAUUCUUCGAGGCUUGCACUAUCUUCAUAGUCAGAACCCGCCAAUUAUUCAUAGGGACUUGAAAUGUGACAAUAUUUUUGUAAAUGGAAACCAUGGAGAAAUUAAAAUUGGAGACCUUGGAUUGGCAACUGUUAUGCAGCAGCCUACUGCCAAGAGUGUAAUUGGAACACCCGAAUUCAUGGCUCCAGAGCUAUAUGAGGAGGAAUAUAAUGAACUGGUGGACAUAUAUUCUUUUGGGAUGUGUAUGUUGGAAAUGGUUACUUUUGAGUACCCUUAUAAUGAGUGCAAGAAUCCAGCUCAAAUCUAUAAGAAGGUUACUUCUGGCAUAAAACCUGCUUCCCUUGGCAAGGUGAAUGAUCCAGAAGUUAAGAUUUUCAUUGACAAAUGUCUGGCUCCAGCAUCUCAUAGAUUAUCUGCCAAGGAACUUCUUGAAGAUCCAUUUCUUCAAUCUGAGGCUCUAAAGGGGCCCAGUCGUGAUCCACUGCAGUUGCCCACCCAACUCUCCCGAUCUUUAAGUUUAUUGAACUCCGGACCUCUCUCCAUGGAUAUUGACCCUGAUUAUUAUCAUUCUGUAUGUACGGACUCCAACAGUUUGAGUCCACAUCCUCCAGUCAUGGAAUUCCAAAGAAUGCACCAGAAUAAUGAAUUUCGAUUGAAGGGGACAAAAAAUGAUGACAACUCAGUGUCAUUGACCUUGCGAAUUGCUGACUCGGGUGGCCGAGUAAGGAAUAUACACUUCCUAUUCUACCUUGACGUUGACACUGCACUCUCAGUCACUAGUGAGAUGGUUGAACAAUUAGAAUUAACUGAUCAUGAUGUGGCAUUCAUUGCGGAGUUCAUUGAUUAUCUGAUAAUGAGAAUCGUACCCGGUUGGAAACCGUCAUUGGAUUACAACUAUAGUGAAACGAGAAGUACACGUGCAGUAUCUCCAGUACCUGCCAAUGACCUGACCUCAAUGAUAAAUCCAUGGGAUGCAAUACUAUUCGAGUUGAAUACGAGUCCUGGAGAAAAGGGUCAAUGCAAUAAAGAUAGCUCGCAUAACAACUCAAUUUGUGCUAAUACUCAUGUCGAACUUAAUAGUUCUCCAAGUUUGGCUUAUUUGGAAGACAAUGAGUCACAAGCAUCCGUUGGUUCAGAGGUAAUGGCUGAGUAUUCUUCUCCAGUAAACGAUAAAAUCGAACAAUCUGUUAAUUGUGGAGUUGUUGAAAGCGUGAAAGACUUCAGUGGGUAUUUCGCUGACAUAGGAGAAUUGUAUGACGAAUUUAAAUUGAAGGGAAAUGUUAGUGCUGAAGAAUUUAUGGCAGGGAAUGAUUUUGAAAAGAACUCAAAUUUGUCGUUCGUUACAUGCAAUGAUACGAGCUUUUCGAAUAGCUGCAGUUCAUCGACGUGCUGUGGUUCAUCUUUGUCGUUACCAGAGAAAGAUCAAGAUGUUGAGCUGAAAUUGGAACUUGAUGCAAUAGAGGCACAAUAUCAACAAUGGUUUCAGGAACUCUCAAAGAUGAGGGAGGAAGCACUCGAGACCACCAAAAAGAGAUGGAUGACGAAAAAGAAACUGACUGUUCAUUGAUGGAUAAAAUAAAAAGGUUCUAUUUCAUUCUAUUUACUUGGAUUGUGCAACAUAUGAGAGGUGGAGUUGUUUCUUUGUUCUGGUGCAACAGACCGUACAAAUCAGUUUGUAAAUUUUUUACUAUUUGGAAUCUCAUGUGUUGAAUACGGCUUUGGCUUUAGAAUCCAUAUUUCUGCAGACCUCUUCCUGUACAUGGGGAGGGAAGAUUAUGUUGUGUAGACUAAAAGUGUACAGAAAUGUAUUAACUUUGUCCAUGAUCGAUCCACAGAUUGUUCAUCAGCA